CCCUACACAUUCUUCUCCACGUGCCUCAACAACAGCUUGACAGAGAGAUCUCGAGAGCCAGCGAGAGAUAGAGAGAAUUGUGCAAGCUCACGAACUGUGAAUCUGUGAUCAUCAAAUUAAUGGCCGACCGCGUGAUGAAGCUGGCGUCGGAGCGUGCGGUGGUUGUGUUCACGCUGAGCUCCUGCUGCAUGUGCCACACGGUGACGAAGCUGAUGCAGGACCUGAGCGUGAACGCCCUGGUUCACGAGCUGGACAGUGAUCCCAGGGGCAAGGAGAUGGAGCGCGCCCUGCUCAAGAUGCUCGGCGGUAGGGGCCCCGCCGUCCCCGCCGUCUUCAUCGGCGGUAAGCUCGUCGGCGGCACCAACAGGAUCAUGUCCCUCCACCUCGCCGGCGAGCUCAAGCCCAUGCUCAUUAACGCCGGCGCGCUCUGGGUUUAAUUUAGACUAUACGACUACAAGUCACGUACAUGGGUGGGUGGCCAUGCAUAUCAAUAUGCAUGCAAGGAAAAAAUAAAGUGGUCAUGCUCAUGCAUACCAAGGAUUAUGAGUUGUGUGUGUGUGUGUGUGUGUGUGUGUGUGUGUGUGUCAAGGGCAGGUUUUUAUUCCCGUCCUGUUCUUUUGAGAGUUCUGAAAAGAAUAACUGAGGCAAACUAGGUUGCAAGCUAGCUUCAUGCCUUGUAGGAGCUAGCUAGUGAGCAAGAGAGACGGCCUUGCUUCUAAUUUCCUCUUCUUUUGCUUCUUCUUCCUUUUCUUUUUGAUGUUUUUGUUGUAACUUGCAAUGGUGAGUGCCAUGCGUGUACCGAUCGGUCACCCUUUUUCGAUGGGCUUAUGAAUAUACACAUGAGAGUUAAAUAAUAAGUAA